AUGUUACUAUAUAUACACUAAAAUCCAACCCAAGCUUGAAUCUUCAAAGUCGUACUUGAAAAGCUGAGGAAUUUCUUUUUCACUCACUAGUAUCCCCACAAGGUCAUGCUCUGUUCAUUUUCAUGAUUCAGAAUCAGAGUUCAGACUUCACUUAUUUUGCAAAGAUAUCCGCCAAACAUGUAUCUUUCACAGCAUCUCGCCCCAUUCCCCAUUGCAUCCCAUAACAUUAAAUUCCACAUAUGGGGACAAAGAAGGAAAAGUUUGAUUGAUGAAACUAAGAAAUAUAGAGAAACAAGUGACAACAAUAAUAUAGUGUUAUAGGAUUAUUUAUAUUUGCAUUAUAUGUACAUGCAGCCCCCCUGCAUUAGCUCCCCAUGUAAUAAAUAAAUAAAUAGGAAAGAAUAUUAACUGUUUGUCGUUAUUAUCUAAACAUUAUUUUUCAAAUUAACCAGGGCAUCAUAAUAAUCCGUGAAGUCAUUUACUAAAAGUAAGAAAAUCCAUGCAAUUUACGUUCCCAAAGGUAUAUUAUUUAAGAGCCUACCGAGUAGUUAAGCCUUCUCUUCUAUCUGCUGUUCAGUAAUACAGCUUUCUUCUACAGCAAAAAUAUAUCAUGGCUGCCUCCAUUCCAAAACUUCUACUGCUAUUAUCUAUAAUGGUCUUUUGCAGAAGUUGUUUUGGCCUUGGAAACCAUUCUUCUUCCCCAUCAAACAACACUUCCAAACUAGAUACUAAUUUGUCAUCCAUCAGAUCAAUAUGCAAGACCACUCCAUACCCAGAAACCUGUUUUGAUUCAUUGAAGCUUUCGAUCUCGAUAAACAUCAGUCCAAACAUCUUAACUUACCUCCUUCAAUCUCUCCAAGAUGCAAUAUCUGAAGCUGGGAAAGUCUCCAGUCUUUUAUUAACCGCUGGAUCACAAAGGAACAUUGUUGAGAAACAAAGAGGAGCCAUCCAAGACUGUAAGGAUCUUCACCAAAUCACAGUCUCAUCUUUGCAAAGAUCGGUUUCCCGAGUCCAAUCAGCCAACUCAAGAAAAAUAGCUGACGCAAGAGCUUAUCUCAGUGCAGCUCUGACCAACAAGAACACAUGUUUAGAAGGCUUAGAUUCUGCUUCUGGUCCUCUGAAACAGACUCUAGUUGAUUCCUUAACUAAUGCAUACAAACAUGUAAGCAAUUCCCUUUCAAUGCUUCCCAAACCAGGCUCCCCGCAAGGCCAUAAGAACCGGCGACUUCUGGGGUUUCCAACAUGGAUGUCGAGAAAAGCUCGCCGAAUUUUGCAGAGUACUGGAGACGAGUAUGACCCGAGUGAAGUGCUAACAGUGGAUGUAGAUGGAACAGGGAAUUUCACCACCAUAACCGAUGCCAUAAACUUUGCUCCAAACAACAGUUAUGAUAGAACAAUCAUCUAUAUUAAACAAGGGAUCUAUGAAGAAAACGUAGAAGUCCCAAGCAAUAAACCUAACAUUGUUCUACUCGGAGAUGGAAGUGAUGUGACCAUUAUAACCAGUAACAGAAGCAUGGGAAGUGGUUGGUCCACUUUCAGAUCCGCAACCCUUGCCGUCUCCGCCGAAGGAUUUCUAGCCCGAGACAUAGCCAUCGAGAACAGCGCCGGACCGGAGAACCACCAAGCCGUCGCUCUGAGAGUAAACGCCGACUUCGCGGGAUUCUACAUGUGUACCAUCAACGGCUACCAAGACACAUUAUACGCCCAUUCAUUCCGCCAAUUUUACAGAGAAUGCGACAUUUACGGAACCGUGGACUUCAUCUUCGGCAACGCGGCCGUCGUUUUCCAGGGGUGCGACGUCGUUUCGAAGAUGCCGAUGGCAGGUCAAUUCACUGUGAUCACAGCUCAGGCACGCGACAGUGAAGAUGAGAACACCGGAAUAUCGAUGCAGAACUGUUCGAUAUUAGCCUCGGAAGAACUGUACUCGAACUCGGGCAGCGUGAAGAGCUACCUGGGUCGGCCAUGGCGGAAUUACUCAACGACAGUAAUUUUAGAGUCGUACAUAGACGACUUCAUAGACCCAGCUGGGUGGAAGGAGUGGUCUUCUGCAAAAGAUGACCAAGCCUUGGACACGUUGUACUAUGGUGAGUACAACAAUUAUGGGCCGGGUUCGGGUACGGAUAAUCGGGUCGAUUGGGCCGGUUACCACGUCAUGGAUUACGACGAUGCGUAUAACUUUACCGUAACUGAGUUUAUUACUGGGGACGCUUGGCUUGACUCCACUUCAUUUCCGUACGAUGAUGGAGUUUAGUAGUUUUUUUAGUACUAUAUUAAAAUUUAUUUAUUAAAGGUACAAACAAAGUCCACUGUGGAAUAACAUGGUUGUGACGCUUAGACAUAUAUACACUAUACAUCAUGUUUUUUCUUUAUAUAUCAACAAAAACAUGUCAUGAUGUGUAUGGAAAAUUUUCAAUUUUAAUUUUUCUAGUACUCUGCUCUAAGGGCUAAAAUGUAUAAUAAUAAGUAACAUUAUGAGAAAACAAACAAAUCACGUGGCA